CCGGUUCUCUCAGCCCACCACCAGAGAGGAGCGCCGGGGAGGACGACCCGGCUGUUGAGCGGAGCUGUGGUGGUUCCGGGCGGGCUUUGGUUCUCCUGACCAUGAAACGGAAGCCCAGCGGCGGCGCCCGUCCUCCCGCCUCCGGACACCCCCUUCCGCGCUGAUGCGGACCACCGUCCGAGAGUUGACAUCCUGCCGCCGGGAGGUGAUGGAGUCCUCUCCCCUCUGCGCCUCAUGAAUUAAUGACUCGACUCUGUCUGUGCCCUAAACCCUGGCACGACCGAAUGUAUUAUUUUGAAAAUUAAAGAUUCAUUAAUGUGAAGGACUAUUGACUCACCGGCGGACUUAACCCAGCAUUUCUGCGAUGAUUUGAGGCUAUAACCUGCGAUAAUAAACAUCAGCUGAAGCCGUCUAAUAACUGGGGAUGGCCAACAACAACGAGCUGCAGACUGAUCCCAAUGGGCUGUCGGUACUCCAGCAGCUCGGCCUGGACCAGAACUCCGACUUCUCUGACUGCAGCGUGCAGCAGCGCCUGGAUGAACACCGCGAGCGGAUCCGCAGGGAGAUCCGAAAGGAGCUGAAGAUCAAGGAGGGCGCCGAGAAUCUGCGCAGGGCCACGGACAAGAGGAAUGUCCAGCAGGUGGACUCGCAGCUCCGCAGCUCCAAGCGCAAGCUGGAGUCCCUCCACGCCCAGCUGCAGGAGCUGGAUGCUCACAUUGUUGUCAAAGGCCAGGAGGAGAACAAAGAUGACUCCAAGUCUCCGGGUUCGGUCAACCGGACGUCGGCCAAUCAGCACCGCAUCGCCGCUUUGGAGCGGCAGCUAAACAUCGAGCUGAAGGUCAAGCAGGGAGCAGAGAACAUGAUUCCGAUAUACGCCAGCGGUGGAACCAAGGACAAGAAGCUUCUCCAGACCGCUCAGCAGAUGCUGCAGGACAGCAAGACCAAGAUUGACAUUAUCCGGAUGCAGAUCCGAAAGGCCAUGCAGGCCACAGAGCAGUCCGAGGACAACCAAAGCAAGCCGGACCUGUGUGGGGUGGAGCUUCGUGUGGAGGAGCUCUGGCAUCACUAUCGGGUGGAGCACGCCAUGGCUGAGGGCGCCAAGAACAUGCUGCGGCUGCUGGGCGCCGGGAAGGUCCAGGACAAGAAGGCUAUCAAUGAGGCUCAGUGUGGUCUGAGCGGCUCCUCCCAGCGUCUGGACCUGCUCAGGUGUGCUCUGGAGCAGAGGCUGCAGGAGCUGCCGGAGGACCAUCCCAAAGUCUGCCUCAUCAAGGAGGAGCUGGUGCUCGCCUCCUCCUCUGCGUUCAGCUCCAGCCACAGCACGCCGUACGUCCACAACCAGUACAGCACGCUGAGCAAACCCUCGCCUCUUACAGGUACUCUUCAGGUUCGUCUUCUGGGCUGUGUCGGACUGCUGGAGGUGGUUCCAGGGCGCAGCAAAGGAGCCCCUGUGGUUCUCCCCUCCUACUCGACAUCGGAUGGACGUCCCUCGUUCAAACUGAGCGGCCUCUACAGCCGCAGCACCAGCAGCAUGAGCCUCAAGAUCCCCAGCAAGAACGAAGAGCUCUCCUCGGAGGUGAGCGCUGUGCUGAAGCUGGAGAACACGGUGGUGGGACAGACGGCCUGGAGGACAGUGGGAGAGCAGGCCUGGGACCAGAGCUUCACUCUGGAGCUGGAGAGAUCGAGGGAGAUGGAGAUAGCCGUGUACUGGCGAGAUUACCGCUCGCUGUGCGCGCUCAAGUACCUGAAGCUGGAGGACUUCCUGGACAACCAAAGGCAUCAAGUGCAGCUGGAGCUGGAGCCCCAGGGCCUGCUGGUGGCUGAGGUGACUUUCUUCAACCCGGUUAUAGAACGGGGUCGGCGACUCCAGAGGCAGAAGAAGGUCUUCUCCAAGCAGCACGGUAAAGCUUUCCUGCGGGCCCGUCAGAUGAACGUGGACAUCGCCACCUGGGUGCGGCUGCUGAGGAACGCCAUCCCCAGUGGAAGCAACCCCCCCUCUCUUUUCACAAGCAACACGCUGUCGCAGGCCCCGGGAGAAAUCUCGGUGGAGAAGCUGAAUCUUGACAGCGACUCUCCGUCCAGAGCAGAAGUCAGGAGAGAGUGGAGCACGGAGGAUGUCGCCCCGCUGGAUCAGACGCCGGUCAUCGAGGCCCCGCCCACCGCUGAGGUCCCAGCCCACAAGCAGCCCGCCAGAUCUCCGUCCCAGAACUCUUUACGCAGAGCCAGCAGAGGACCGGUUUCUCUGCAGGACUUCAAGCUGCUCGCUGUUCUCGGCAGAGGACACUUUGGAAAGGUGUUGCUGUCCGAGUACAAAAAGACUGGCGGCCUGUUCGCCAUCAAAGCUCUGAAGAAGGGGGACAUCGUCGCUCGGGACGAGGUAGAAAGCCUGAUGUGUGAGAAGCGCAUCUUUGAGACCGUCAACGGCUCCCACCACCCCUUCCUGGUCAACCUGUUCGCGUGCUUCCAGACGCCAGAGCACGUGUGUUUCGUCAUGGAGUACACGGCAGGCGGAGACCUCAUGAUGCACAUUCACGCUGACGUCUUCGCCGAGCCGCGAGCUGUCUUCUACUCCGCCUGUGUGGUUCUGGGUCUCCAGUUCCUUCAUGACCAUAAGAUCGUCUACAGGGAUUUGAAGCUGGACAACCUGCUCCUGGACACGGAAGGUUUUGUGAAGAUUGCGGACUUUGGUCUCUGUAAAGAAGGGAUGGGUUUUGGCGACAGAACCAGCACUUUCUGUGGCACUCCCGAGUUUUUGGCCCCGGAGGUGCUGACAGACACGUCAUACACCAGAGCUGUGGACUGGUGGGGGCUCGGGGUGCUCAUCUAUGAGAUGCUGGUGGGAGAGUCUCCGUUCCCAGGUGACGAUGAGGAGGAGGUUUUUGACAGCAUCGUGAACGACGAGGUUCGAUACCCGCGGUUCCUCUCCACCGAGGCCAUCGGCAUCAUGCGGCGGUUGUUGAGGAGGAACCCCGAGAGGCGUUUGGGCUCUGGGGAAAAGGAUGCAGAAGAUGUGAAAAAGCAGCCGUUUUUCCGGAACACGGACUGGGAAGGACUUCUCCACAGGAAAGUCUCGCCGCCCUUCGUCCCGACCAUUGUGGGAAAAGAAGACGUCAGCAACUUCGACGCGGAGUUCACCGCCGAGCCGGCCGCCCUCACUCCUCCCCGAGAGCGCCGCACGCUCUCCCAAAAGGAGCAGGACUUCUUCAAAGAUUUCGACUACGUGUCCGACCUCUGCUAAGGUCUGGAGAGCCGAGGUGGCUCCUCCCACGGGCUACAGACUCUGAGAGGAGGCCGAAACGCUCAGGGCUGUGCAAGCGGGACAGAAGAUGAAGAUGAGGAUCAUCCUGCUGAGGAUGAAGCACCCAAACGUGGACUCAGCGCCACAUAUAAAGACUGCUGUGGUUUUUAGAGGAAGAUAAUGUAAAAACGUGGAAAAACCCUCACAUGGAAAGAGGGAUCCUGACAGGAGGCUGCGUCCGUCCGUCCGUCCCCUCAGUUCCAUCCCUGCUGUGUUUUGCUGCUGACUGUGUGUUUAGCCGUGAACCGUCUCCCUGCUUCAGUCAUGAAUCUACACAACUGUGCUGCAAUGUCUGCGGCCACUAGGGGUCGCCAGAGGAAACAAACUCCUCUGGAAAACAGGCUGGUUGGCCGCUGUGAAGGAGUUUCUGUUUUUCUUUCUGCUCGGUACAGAUUUUCAACCACGAUCACUUUUCAGAGAGAAAAAAAGCUUUUAUUGGUUUUGUGAUCUUAUUGUUUUCCCCUCUGUGUUUGUUUGUUUGUUCCUGCUGAUGUUUGUGACUCAGUAAAGAUCUCAAACCAACACAGAAG